GUUAUCGUUUUGUUGAGGUUCUUGCACGUAAUUAUGAUAAACGAAAAUGUGUUUCAACCGGACUGUUUUUAAUAUUCGUCAGACAAUGUGUAGUUUGUGUGAUAUCAAUACAUGACUCGCUUAUUAUAACAUAUUCAAUUGGACCAAAGUUUCAAGCUAAGUAUUACAAUGUGUUGUGAAAUUAAUGAAACAUAAACGGUAACCAUAUUGUAAGAUUUGGUGAAAUUAAAUCUGAUGAACAAAAUUUAUACAAAGGAAUACUGGCUAUACAUAACAUACUACAGGAAAUUGAAAUGGCACUGGAGAUGAUUCCUUUGUAUUUGACCUCGUUCCACAGGGAUCCGUUUCCAGGAUUGUUUUCUGAUCGAUCGUUUUAAAAAGGAUAUAUUGCCAUCAAACGGAAAACGUGUAGGCUCUUUUUUAAGCAAUAAAACACUCGAUUCAAAACAAAUGCAUAAUACCACAGAUAGCCUAUUUUCGCUAGAUUACUCAUAUAUCGGGGACAAUACUACGACACCAUGUAUAAAUAUCACCACCGCGACAAGCGACUCCGUUACAAACGAGACCGCUACCAUCACCUACGUACAAGAAACGGUCUCCAACUGGCUCUGGCGGACGGUUUCUCCUAUUCUAUUAUGUGCAGGAUUGACAGGCAACGCGUUGACGGUGCGCGUGCUGACGCGACUCGGUACCGCGCGCCAGCCAACUUUAACGUUUCUCCUGUUUCUCGCUAUAACAGAUUCCGUCAUCUUGUUGACGGGGCUACCUCGUUACUGGAUUUCAUACACAUUCGACUACGAUAUAAGUCACCUCAGUAACGCCGGCUGCAAGUUUUAUUAUUUCUUCAUCUACUCGUCCAUGCAGUACUCUUCAUGGAUCCUCGUUGGAGUCUCCGUUGAACGGGUUGUUAAAACGUAUUUUCCGUUCCGUUAUAAACGUUGGUAUACAACCAAACGGGUUAAAAUAGGACUAGUAAUUACGUUAAUUGUAUUGAUUCUAGUUAAUUUACAUUUCUUUUUUACCAAUGGUAUCAAUGACUUCACUGAGGGAGAGUGUUCAUCUUUGACACCAAAUUUUAAAACGUUCGACGAUUACGUGUUCGUUUAUAUCGAUUUCACAGUAUUAAGCUUAGUUCCCUUCGUCAUCAUGCUCAUUUCAAACAUAUUUCUAAUCCGAAUACUCAGAAAUGUUCAGUUAAAGCGCUCUAACAUGAUGCAUGAGCGGUACGUCCGGAAUACUAACAGGUUUAGCGUACGCAUGACAAAGAUGCUGCUGGUAUGCACGAUGUACUUUCUAGCGGCCACCGCGCCGAUUAGCAUUUUCUUUGUGGUCGAUUCGUAUCUCCGUCAUGGGUUCGAAGACUCUGGGAACAAAGCUGGUGUAGCCCGGAUGGACCUUGCCUGGAGUACAAUGUACUUGUUUAGUUUCUCCAACUACUGCGUCAACUUCUACCUAUACACAGCCAUGAACGACCGCUUCUCUCGGGAGCUCCGGGCUGUCCUCUACUGCAAACCAAGUGGCCGCCGAUGGAGCAGCGCAUACAGCAUCCGUGAACGGAGCAGUUACCGGAAACAGUCCAGCAGCUAUGGUCUGGAGUUGGAACCGGAAACCAUGGCGACUGUGGUGUCAGACUCUAUUCAUAGCCAUCCGAUAGCUGGGUCUUCCGAAGAAUCAGUGAUCUAAUCGUGCGAUGUAGAAAUAAUAAGUUAAUCACAUUAUUUUUGACUUGUUAGAAGUGUGCUUAUUCUACCUAAAAGUUGUUUAAUACGUUAAACAGAUCUGAUCUUAACAUGUUAUAAUGAUUUAUAGUGAAGAUCAAUAUGUUAAUAUAUCUCGUUUACAUGACGAGAUCUAACCCUGGGGGUACUAGGGCAAAUUAACGCCAUGGGCAAAUGUGCUUAUGCAUUCCCUUCAGUUGUAUUAUUUUUAAUUAGAGAAUGUAUAUCACCUGUUUCAAUUAAAUCUAACAUAUACUUAUUAACAAUUGAAAUGCAAAUAAUUUGUCUAUUCAAAUUCUUCUUAUAAGAAGAUUCUAGGGAAUUUUACACACAAAAAAUGCAUGGAAACGUCUCUGCUUCUUUCAGUUUCUUGACAGUGAUGUAUAAUUCAGAUUUGUUUUAUUAUUUUUAAUUGUUUGCAGUCAAUAACA